CAUAGAAGGUGGUCAGAUUGGGGACACACCAUUUCCCCCCUUCUGAGGAUAGAGUAGCGCAGGUAAUGGAAGUCUAAUUACCAACGCAUGAUCACACUCCCAAUUCGUCUCAUGCAAACACGCCGUAAUGGCGGCCACUUCAGCAGCACCGGAUGUGAGUUCAGUUUCUGGCCUUCUUUCUCGUCUGGAAUCGACCUCUAAGCCAUUUCUCCAUCACCAGAGCUCUUUGAGGCUUACGCUCAAACGAUGCGGUCACAUCUCCUUACGAGUUUCUCGCAACGGCGCCGAAAAUUUAUGCAGCGGCGCUUGUGGGGAUAAACAGAAGACGAUUGAGCCGAUUGAAUUGGAAAAACUCGUUGAAGAUUAUCCUUUCGCGUUCAAUUCCAAGGACCCACCAAAUCCACUUCCAAGACCUUUGACAUCGGCUGAUUUGUCAAAUAUGGCACCCCAAGGAUCUCAUCUUCGCGUGGCUUAUCAGGGGGUGAGAGGUGCCUAUAGUGAAUCAGCUGCAGAGAAGGCGUAUCCAAAUUGUGAAGCAGUACCUUGUGAACAAUUUGAUACUGCUUUUAUGGCUGUUGAAAGUUGGCUUGUUGAUAGAGCAGUCCUGCCAAUUGAAAAUUCUCUAGGGGGAAGUAUUCAUAGGAAUUAUGACCUUUUGCUUCGACACCAUUUGCAUAUAGUUGGAGAAGUCAAACUUGCCAUAAAACACUGCUUACUAGCUAGUCCUGGUGUGGAAAUCAAAGAUCUAACAAGAGUUCUAAGCCAUCCUCAGGCACUUGCCCAAUGUGAGAACACUUUAACAGACCUUAGAUUGGUCAGAGAAGCUGUUGAUGAUACUGCAGGGGCAGCAAAGUAUGUUGCUUCUCACAAACUGAAAGAUGCUGGGGCUGUGGCUAGCCUCACUGCUGCAAGGAUAUAUGGAUUGGAUGUACUUAAACACAAUAUACAGGAUGAUUCUGAUAAUGUUACUCGGUUCUUAAUGCUGGCUAGAGAGCCCAUAAUUCCUGGCACCAAUAAACCUUUUAAGACAAGUAUAGUGUUUUCUCUUGACGAAGGCCCUGGUGUUCUUUUUAAGGCACUUGCUGUUUUUGCUAUGAGGAAUAUCAACCUUACAAAGAUUGAAAGUCGUCCUUUGCACUCCUUGCAGAAGAUGGGUUUGCAAACAAUUGACAGUAACACUGAUGGUUUUCCUAAAUAUUUUCCCUAUCUGUUUUAUGUGGAUUUCGAAGCAUCCAUGGCCGAGGAAAGGGCCCAAAAUGCUUUAGGCAACCUAAAGGAAUUUGCUAAAGUUUUGAGAGUCCUGGGGAGUUAUCCAGCAGAUAAUGGCAUGCCUUGACAUUUGAACCUGGAUGGGCAAUGUUGUACUUCAGUUUAGUGCCUGCUAGUUUAAACAACUCUGAUCAAAAGGAAGUAAGAAAGAAAAUAUGAUGCUUGCCUGGUGGUGCCUUAGUAAUUUAGCGGAGGUGAGCUUAUUUAAAGAUGGAUCCAGAGAUACAUUCCUCACGUAGUACUGAAGGUCUUAUGAAGUAAAAUUCUGCCCGAUGGAAAUUGAACUUGAAUUGCCAGUAGCAUCUCCCAGGAGACUUCCAACUCUUCUACUUGUCCUGUUGUGUUAAUAUUGAUCUCGAUGUUUGACUGACCAUAAUGUUAACUGAUUCCUGUCAUUAAUAAGAUUAUUUUUAGUAAAUAAAAUUUACAUAUUCAAAAACUACAUUAAAAGUUGUAUUAUACACCUGUUCAAGAAAAAUUAAAUUUGAUAAAAGUUGAAUAUAUAAAGUAAGAGAUUAAGAACAAUGCACGUUGACUGGAGAAUAAUGGACGAGAACUAUUAAAUGGGACGAAGGGAGUAUAUAUUAUACUCCCUCCGAUUCAAAAACAAGUUCCACCUUUCCUUUUCGGGCAGUUCCAAAAUUAAGUUCAACUUUCAAACCUUUCCUUAUUUGGCAAAUUAUCUACAUCAAAAUAGUUCCAAACAGUGUUAAAUUGUGCCAAACAGUGCGAAACAGUGCACUCCAUAGUAAAGUCAAAUUUCUUUUCUUAAUGUGUGAAGUCAAAUGUGGAACUUGUUUUUUAAUCGGAGGGAGUAUAUAAUAAAUGUGUAUAACACACACCAAGGCUCGCGAGUCAUGAGCCUAAAAUGAAUAGGCUUGAAUCGAGCUUGUUAAAUAUUCGAGUUGAAGCGAAUUCGAGUCGAGCAUGAAUGUGACCGAACUCAAGUCGAGUUUUUUUCGAGCGAUCCACAAGCGGCUCGUUAACGGCUUAGUGUAUAUACACCCCACCCAGGCAAAACCUGUAGGAAUUAGGCAAAACCCUUUAGUUCCAAAUUUUAUCAACUGUUUAGUGUUUCAAAAAUUAGAAAGGUGAGUAGAUGUUCUUUACCAAAUACCAACAGUGAUUUAGUAACCCCAUGCCCUCCCCCGUAAAGAACGGCAACGCCUGUGGACAAGAAACUGACCGAUUACCAUGCACGAAUUCUCUUGCCAUGUUUUGCAAUGAUAUAAGAGAUCUCUUGCUUUUUAGUUUCUACUUUUUAGUAUGGUAAUCGUGUUUAAUACCUGUCUUGCAAUGUGAAUAUUACAAUGCAGGAAACUCUUGAACGAUUCAUGCUGUUUCCUCGAAGAAAAAAGCCAGUUUUUUGCACUUGAAACAUUUGGCUGAUUUGAUCAGGGGAAAUAAAUAUAAAUUUUGAACUUCAUCGAAAACAAAAUCUAGUUAGUAUAUCAUUUCUCGAGGUCUCUUAUUUUUUAUUUAUUUUUGUUGCAAACUAGAAAUCUACGGUAGUAGCCUGCUUCUUUUUCCUUUUAGCCGGUCAGUUCUUGUAUUUUUGUUUUCUCGAAUUGGACAUAAAGAUAUUCAUUUAUUUAUUUGUGCAGUUUUCAUUUGAACUUCUCCUACAAAGAGACCGAUGCAUUGAUA